GGGAGCAAAAUUUAAAUGGAAGACCGAGAAAAGUCUGGUGCCCAUUUUGACCGUGGCUCCUUUCCCCGUGGUCUGAAGGGGCUCCCCUCCUGACGUUAAAUUCAACUGCCGUUCGCAGCUGCUGCUUCAUUUUCUCUCUCUCUCUCUCUCUCUCUCGCCCUCUCUUUUUCUUCCCUGUCCUGUUUCUCUGUGCUCACAUCUUUUAAUAUCACACCGAGGCUGGAAUUCUGCCAGGAGCCGCCUCUGGUGCUGGCUGACAUUUCACCUAGAAGUCACAAAAACUUUGUAGUUACCAUUUUCGGAAAGAUUUUGAGGAAACACGCGCAGAGGGAGAGAGAGAGAGUGGAAGAGAGAGAAUCUAGUCUCUGGAUGGGGAGGCAUUCUUGCUGUUACAAGCAGAAGCUCAGAAAAGGCUUAUGGUCACCUGAAGAGGAUGAGAAGCUUCUGAGGCAUAUCUCUCAGUAUGGCCAUGGUUGUUGGAGCUCUGUCCCAAAGCAAGCCGGUCUACAGAGAUGCGGCAAGAGCUGCAGAUUGAGGUGGAUUAAUUACUUGAGGCCCGAUUUGAAAAGAGGGGCGUUCUCGCAAGAUGAAGAGGACCUCAUUAUUGAGCUCCACGCUGCUCUUGGGAACAAGUGGUCGCAGAUUGCAGCAAACUUGCCUGGCAGAACUGACAAUGAGAUAAAGAACCUGUGGAAUUCUUGCCUGAAGAAAAAGCUCAGGCAGAGAGGCAUUGACCCUGUGAGCCACAGGCCUCUCUCUGAGGUUGAGAAUAGUGACGACAAGGACGCAACGUCAGGGCAGACCCAAGAUAAGGUCUCUCGUGGGUCAGUUGAAUUGCUGAGCCAGCUCAAUCCACAAUUCUCAAGCUCCACGACAGCAAGGAGCAGUAAAAACAGCAAUUUGAUGGCACCAACAUUGAGCAAGGACACAGUUGCAGAUGGGUUUGUGAGCAAUCACCAAGAGAACUCGAUGAUGAACAGUUGCAUCUCAGACUUUGUUGAUAAUUUCUCUCUGCAACAAUUGAACUACUCAUCAAGUGAUUCCAGAUUUUCUAAUCUCUGUUUCACCCAAACGGGCAGAGCACAUGGAAACACCAUCUUUUCCGACUUCAAUUCGAAUGUAAUAUCUGCCAUUUCUCCUCCCUCAUCUAACUCUUUAUUCCCUACUGCUUCAAUGGGCUUCAACUUCAAGCCAUCUAAUGCUGUCCCCUCGGCGAAUUCGACUUCAAGCGCUAGCACAGGAACUGCAGAUUUUCACAACAGUGGCUCCUACUUCGGGAACAGCUUAGUUUCCUGGGGAUUGUUAGCAGAUUGUGGCUCGCCAGACAAGGAGGGAUCGACUUCGAUCCAUCCAUUGGAAGUUCACCAACCCGGAGACUUCAAGUGGGCUGCCGAAUAUCUCCAGAACCCUCUGUUCAUGGCGGCCGCGCUGCAGAACCAAGCCCAGGAACAGUCCAAUUUGUACAAUCAGAUAAAGCCAGAGACCCAGUUUCCUCCAGACCAUUCAACUACUUCCAUGUGGGAUCAUCUACAGGGACAUGAAUCCUUGGACAAUUCUUUGAAUACGUGCGGCAAGGAUAUCCAGAGAUUAACGGCGCUACUCGGACACAAUUAGAUAGAGGAUUAUAUUAGCUGAUGGAGCCUCAGCUGUUGAAGCAGGAGGGGAUCAUUUGAUUGGUGGCGACUUGAGAAUUUGCAGAUUGUUAUUUGUUACAGGUGUGGACUAUAAUUUUUUUUUUUUACCCCUUUUCCUCUUUCAAUGUACAUAGUUCUGAUACAAAACAUCUGCAUCCCCUUGCCUUUUACCUAUAUUUGCUUUAAGAAUAGGAGGCCUUGCUCUGUUUCGGCUUCAUUGCUGUUGAAUAGAGAACAUGAUGUUGCAUUAUUCCUGGGUUUUUUGAAUUUGUGGUGUUCUUGCAUCUAACUUGUGCCUCUGUCAUCAUCGGGUCCAAAAAGAAGAAGCAGAGGUUCUUCAUUUCAUGUCA